AUGUCUAACUAUAAGUGCUUAAAGAAAGCCCGGUCCCAUUGCUGGAAAGCGCUUCUCGCACUCGCUAUUAAUAUUUUAAUCACGCGGAUUUCAGUCAGCGAUUGUACAAAUCCGGCUUACGACCAGCAGGCCAUGAACGAAAUCGACCUGCCUGAUGCUGCUGAUGCGAAGCUCAAGCAGAACCAUGACCCGAUCCUCUUCACUACAAUCGGACAAGAGCAUCUGCCAUUGACGGAGAAAGUGGGGAAAAGAUUCCGGCCAGAAAUUGCGGUGCUGAACGUGGGACGCGGUUUCAAGCCCAGCAUCGGAUACUUUGUAGCCCCACGGGACGGAGUUUACUUAUUCAACUUCGUAGGAUUGGCUUACAAUCUACCAACAGGUGUCAUUCACAAUUGGAUUAAUCUGAGACCCGUAGGACAUCCUGAAGAACACGAUUCUUCGGUGAUCUGGAGUUUCACUGACCCCAUAACCAGCGCUGGCCACAGCCUGGUGAGCAUGAAGAAAGACGAUGUAAUGGAGUACUGGGGCAGAAUGGAUUCCUAUUGCACGAACUAUUUGGAUGGCCUGAAUUUUGUUCAUAACAACUGGUGGCGACUCAGUGGAAGAUGGGUAGCUGACAUACAGUUCAUUAUUCUUGUUCCAUAUCAUCCAGGGAUGCUUCUGAAUUUCACUGAAGUCUACUUGAAUGCUGGGAAUGGAUUCAACAGUUCCAGUGCAACAUUUGUGGCACCCACCUCAGGCUUGUAUCACUUCUUCCUGCACUUUUCAACAUACGGUCGGCUCCAUGGCGAGGCGAGGAUUGAGAAAGCGGACCUUCUGUUGGCUGCGGGAUCAUUUGGGAAAUUUGAUAAUAUGAUAACCAUGGAUAUUGAUGCUAUCAGCAAAUUGCAGAAGGGGGAAUCUGUUUUCGUGAAAAUGCUGGGAAACUUUGAAGGACAUGCGAAGUUAUUCAAGUUCUCUGGG